GAAUUUACUAGAGCAGGGAAUUAGUGGAGGUCCCACCCUUCCUUUCUCCUGCCUCCUGUUGCAUCCAAAGCUGCCGUCACUUCUUUGCCUCUCGCAUUCGGACAAUCGGCCCCGCAACACUAAUAGAUACUUCCGCUUCUCUCUCUCACGCUCAUCAUAAUAUUCUACAGCUAGCUAGCUAGUAUCUCCAGUUGUUGGAGCCAUUCCAUUCCAUUCCUUCCACAUUUACCUUUGCAGCUUCGUUUCGUUUCAAUUGAGCAAUGUUCCCUAAAAGCAACAGUCAGGCCAAGCUCUACGCCAACACUAGCAACAGCACCGAGGACGACGACAGCACACCACGCCUCCAAGAGCACAAGAUGAAAGAACUUUACAACGACAACAGCAACCAGGCCGAUUUGGAGAACGACAGUAUGUCGGACCACGGCGAAGACGACGAGUUGGACGAGACUGGGACACACGAAAACUUGCAGGAUGCGGCCGCACGAGAGACCCGCGAAAGCUUGGCCCGAGAAGAAACCCGCGCCGUCUCGUGUCUGCGCUGGGUCGUCUUGUUGGUCCUCUUGGCAACAGCCGCGUCCGUGUCGGUGAUUACCUUUUUCUACUCGAGACGCGUUGAAGAAGAACAAUUCCUGGCCGAGUUUGCGUCCGUGGCGGCCAUGACGUUGCGGUCGUUUGUGGAAGCGGUAGAGCACAAAAUGGGUGCCAUGGAUACCAUGGCCACGGGCAUUACCAGUUACGCGCUGGCGAGUGGAGAAACGUUUCCGAAUGUCACCGUACCCGAUUAUGAAAUCAAGGGAGCCUCCAUUCGCACUCAAACUGACAGUAUCUAUUCGUUUUGGUUGCCGCUCGUCACGGAUGAGACGCGAGCGGGCUAUGAAGCCUACUGCUGGCCUCGUCAACAACACUUUCUAAAGUCGUACAUGCAGGAAGAGGGAUUGAGACAGUACCAAGAUGCCAUGUUCAACAUUAGUCGACCCGAAACACGAUCCGCCGAAACCAAGGCAGAAGACGCCACGGCCAAAGAAGAACAGAGAAUGGAGCAGCAACAACAACAGCAGAAGCACGAUCACGGAGAUGGCUCCAAGCACACGCACGGAGACGACGGAUCUCGUCGUGACCUGCAUGUGGCGCCUCCUCCGAUUCACGAAACCCUGCAUGAACGAAUCUGGGGACUUACGCACUACGGCAAUGGCUCGUACGACGAGCCCGAAGGAUCUGGCCCCUUCCUCCCCACGUGGCAAUUUUCACCCGUCAUUCCCAUGCCGGGCCUGUACAAUUACAACUUUCUCGCCUACACGGACCUCGCUCCCGUCAUGCGACAAACAAUCUACACCGGUCGAGCCGGGCUCAGUUACCUGCAGACCAAUCACACCGGGUCCAAUACGGAGCGGCUCAUUCAAAUAUUCAUGACACUCAAUCAGUACCGGCAUACCGGAGAGGAUUACACGGCGAAGUUGGAUCCACUCACUCAAGUCACCUAUCCCGUCUUUGACACGUUCCAUCCGCAAACCAAAAAAGUCGCCGGGAUGCUGACGACCACCAUCUUUUGGCGUCUCCUCUUUGCCAAUAUUCUUCCCGCUUCUGUCAAUGGAGUGGUCUGUGUCCUCAGCAAUACGUUGGGCGAUGCCAUUACCUACCGCAUUGAUGGACGAAAUGCCACACUGCUCGGCGUCGGAGAUCUCCACGAUCCCAAGUACUCGCACAUGGGUGUCACCCGCGAUAUUGCCGAUUACAUGAGGGAACGAGCGACUCCCGAAUCUUCCUCCUACACGAUUGUUCCACUCGAUACUUCCUACACUUCUUACAGAAUCCAAGUCUAUCCUUCCCAGGCCCUGGAAGAUGCUUAUAUUACCGACGAACCCAUCCUCUACGCCACGGUCGUCGCCUGCGUCUUCUUUUUCACAUCGGCCGUAUUUCUCCUCUACGAUUGGCUCGUCGAACGUCGUCAGCGCAAGGUCAUGGACAAGGCCGUCAAAUCCACCGCCGUCGUCACAUCGCUCUUUCCUGCGGCGGUCCAUGAACGUCUCUUUGCCGAAGAUACCAAGUCCGAAGAAUUGAGCAAGGAAAUUAAUACGUGGAGAGCCGCCAGUGCCGAUAUGUCACUCAACGGUGGACAACCCACCGUCGCAGCGCUCAUGUCGUCCGUCACGAGCAGUAGGGGUCGUGGGGCGCCAACGGCGGAGCAGCUCGUGAUGCCUCCUCGUAACAAAAAGAGCAAACCCAUUGCCGACAAAUUCCCAGACACCACAGUUCUGUUUGCUGAUCUUGCUGGAUUCACCCAGUGGUCGUCGUCCCGCGAACCCGAACAUGUCUUUAUCCUUCUGGAGACUCUCUAUGGAGCCUUCGACAAGGUGGCGCUACGACGGGAAGUAUUCAAAGUGGAAACAAUCGGAGAUUGUUAUAUGGCUGUCACUGGCCUCCCCAACCCUCAGCCUGAUCAUGCCGUUCGCAUGGUAAAGUUUGCGCGAGAUUGUAUGAAUCGCAUGGUUCGUGCGCUGGAAGACCUACAAAUGCAGCUCGGUCCAGAUACGCGGGAUCUGGCAAUGAGAGUAGGAUUGCAUAGUGGCCCUGUCACAGCUGGCGUCCUCCGUGGAGAUAAGGGGCGGUUCCAACUGUUUGGUGACACAGUGAACACUGCCAGCCGCAUGGAGAGUAAUGGAGUGAAAGGCCGCAUUCAUUGUUCAGAAGCCACGGCAAAACUUCUCCCCGACCGAUGGCUCAAGGUUCGGCCGGAAAAGGUCGUUGCGAAGGGAAAAGGAGAAAUGACCACAUAUUUUGUGGACAUUGGUAAUGGAGCACGAUCCAGUGUAGCAAGUGAGCGCUUUAAUGUAGAAGACGGUCCCUUUAUCAACGGCGCACUAACACCCCAGGAUGGCGACCACACGGACAGGAACGACCUCACGGAAAGGAACAUGGAUGGAUCCAGCUACACGUUUGAUACUUCCAACCGAAGGAGCAGCCUGGAUUUCAAUAGCAAGAGGAUAAGUGGUGAUGGCAGCAGCGCUCCGCUGCCGAUAAUCAAUCAAGAAAGCGAUGAGAUUCUGCACGACUAUGGACAGGACUUGUCUGGUGACGAUGACAUCCUUGCGAAGAAAGGAGGCCACCAAAGAGAGCGCAGACUCUCUUUGACGGUCAAAACCAGCUCUGGACGAAAGUUAAAUGUUACCAAUGAGGUUGAAGUGUGAUGGGUCCAUUGUAGGGGGGACGAUUACUGCCGAUUCUAUGGCUUAUUACAUAAUUUUAAUUCUUUAGUUUGAUUUGGAUACAUG